AGCUGGGGUCACUCCUUUUAUCAUUGCGGGGAUUGAAUUUAGUAAAAGGAUUGUAGCACAAAGAAAAUGCCAAGUUUGUGGAGGGUCAGGGCUUGUUCUGAGGGAUGGUACAUAUUUUCGAUGUCCUGGAUGUGGUGGGUUUCUUCCAUGGCAAUCAUGGAAAAGAUUCUUCACUGGUUAAGACAAUUGCAAUGGGAUAUCAAGUUUGAUAAAGAAGAACGUUAUUCUUUAUUGCAUUACUUAUCAUAUCAUCAGAUGAACAAACGAAACUAUGUAUUUCUAAAUAAGUGUUUGAACAUUUUCACCAACACAUACCAAUAUUAUUCCCUCCCAAUGAAUUCACUGGUUUCAC